AUGUAUUUCUUUUUUUCAAGGCAUGCUUUGGGGUAACGAGAUUCAUAUGUUUGUUAAUUAAUAAAAGCAAUAUCACAAAUAACAAAAAACAAAAUAAGUUAAACUAAUAUAGGUAUUUAAUAAGUAAGGUAUUCAUUCUUUAAGAAAUAAUAAAGGAAGAAACAUAGGCUCCUUUUAGUUCAAAAGUAACCAUAUAGAAUAGUCUUAUUGAGAGACAUAAAUAUAAUGUUAGAAUAGAUAUGUUAGGAUGUAUUGGAAAAAAUAAAAACUAAUGGAGAUAGGAUUUUGACGUCAGAUAAUAAAACAUAAUUCAAAACCAAAAUAGAUGAAAUAAGCAUCAGUCAAAGUAAUAAUCUUGGCUAAAGAUUAGCGCAAUGCUUUGAUGUAUUUAUUUAGUCUUUAGAUGAAAUGCUCAAGCAAAUGAAUACAGAAUAUGAAGGCUUAGAAAAAAUGUUAUAAAAAAAUGAAAGCGAUAUUCGACGCCACAUUAGGAUUGAGCAAUAACUUAAAUUAUAUUCUGAAUCUCAGCAGCAAAAAAUAGAUGAAUCUGAAUAGGCGAGAAAUGAAUUGUUAGAUAAUAGUAAAGCAAUGUUACUAUAAAUUAAAAAGGAUAACCAAGUAUUAAAUGAAUAGUCUUAAAAGUAUAAAUAGGAAGUUGAAAAAUUAACUUAAAAAUUAAAAAUGUAUGAGUAAUCUGACUAAGAAAACUCAUCAAAACUUGCUAACUAUGCACUUUUGUAGGAAAGAGUUAAGGUUUUAGAAAAAAUGAAUCAAGAAAAUAGAAGAAAAGAAAAUAAUUCGAAUAAUACUUCUAUUAGUUUAAAUAAUACCAAUUCCCAACAUCUUUAAACUCAAGGAUUAUAUAGUGAAAAUACUAUUAAUAAAGAUUAUAAAUCAAAUAGGUAAACGCCUCCUUUAACUAUGGUUUAGCCAUCACCUCUUAAAAAUGUAAGAAAAACACGUACUCCUUAACUCCCAAAUAACAGUUUAAAUAUCACAAAUAUGAGUAAUAAUAAAAAUAGCGAUUACUUGAAAGUUAAAAUAGAAUUGAUGGAAAACAGCAAUUAAAAUUUUGGAAACAAUCUUAAAGAAAUCAAAAACAUUUCAAAUACAUAAAAUUCCUACCCUCUUUCGUUACCUCAUUAAGAUAGCGCAAAUGGAAAUGGUAGUGGUCCUCAUAUCACAAAAGUAAAAGAUUUAUCAACAAUAUAUAAUAUAAGAUCAAGAUCUAGAAAUGAAGCAAAUAAAACCCUAUAUAGUCACCACCCCUCAACAAAUAGUUCAAUAAAUAACUCUUAUAAUAAUGCAUUAAUUGGUAUAACUAAUAGAGAAGGAUAGAAUUCUGCAUUAGGAAAUCCAUCUUCAGCUCAGUAAAAUAAAAGGAGUAAAAGUUAUGGGAUUAAUAAACUUCGAGGUUCAAUUAAUAAGCAAGGAAAUGGAGGUGUAGGAUAAUAUAAUAAUAACAACAAUAAUGAUGGAUCUAGGCUUUCUAAUAUAAGUCAAGAAUACUCUGAUUAUCUUAAUCAAGACAUAUAAAAUAGAUCUACAAAUGAAAAUUUUGCAAAUAACUGUACAUACUCUUCUAUAUACCAACAAAGCAAUACAAUAUAAUAAUAGUCAUAAUAACAAAAAAUAUGA